AUGGCCAAUGAAGAGAAUGCCCCCAGAAGAGGAGGAGGCCACCUCAGCCAGCCCGACCAGGAGGUGCCAGAACUCUUCGACGUCUCCCCCUCCUCGCACUCCAGUUUUCUGCAAAAAGGAUUUUGGGGUAAACUAAAAAGAAAAGACAAAGACGCCCCAAAACCACCGCCUCCCGUUCCUCAGCCCACGGCACGAGUAGAGAAGGGUCUAGGGUUCCCCUGUUCUGCCGCAGCAGAAAUGGUUCUCGGGGAUAAUAGAUUCCCUGUAAUCCCCUCUCAGUGUGUCCCAGGGGGGAUGCGAACUCUUCCGGAGGGAGGCCCCGACACUCCUUCUGACAUUUGGGGGCCCCGUGACCCAUACUCCACUGGAAGCCUUCGCCGAAGAAAAUCAGGGCGGAGCAGCGUUAAAGCAGAUGUCACAUUGGGCAAAGAUAAGGCAGGCUCAGGACAUCCAGGACAGCAGGGAACGCAGAAAGGCCCAACUAAGAUUCCAAUUGAUCAGCGGAGAUAUGCAGCGUCGGACAAGCCUUCGGAUGAAGCUGCAGCAGCAGCAGCAGAAGCAAUGAUGAAACAACUGGCAAUGACACCAGGACUAGGACAGGGCGAAAGAUUUGGCCCACAUAUACCCACUCCGGAAGGUGAACUUCCCGAAGGUAUCGUCAGGGUCCCAUGGCACAGCCGGCUCCACAAGAGCCCGGUCAAGGCUGGGGAGGGUAUGGAAUGCCUGGUGGCGCCGCCGGAGGCCCACAACACCCAUAUCUGGGCACACAAGGAGGAGCAGCGGGCCCUCAAGGACCGACCCAACCAGCUCAGAGAGGGCCAGGGGGGCAGGAAAUGCCUCCUUCACAACGUUAUCCACCCACGAGAUCUUCGACCCUGCCGAGACCUGGUACAGGGCCGCCUCCUCAACGAACCUCUUCUCUACGUCGUGACCAUCCCAGGGGGCAGCCGGUUCCGCCAGAAUCCGCUCCAGGCUGGAGAGGGUAUGGAAUGCCUGGUGGCGCCGCCGGAGGCCCACAACACCCAUAUCUGGGCACACAAGGAGGAGCAGAGGGCCCUCAAGGAUGGACCCAACCAGCACAGAGAGGGCCAGGGGGACACGAAAUGCCUCCCUUACAUCAUCAACCACCCACGAGAUCUUCGACCCUGCCGAGACCUCGUCCAGGGCCACCUCCUCAACGAACCUCUUCUCUACGUCGUGAACAUCCCAUGGGGCAGCCGAUUCCGCCAGAAUCCGCUCCAGCCUGGAGAGGGUAUGGAAUGCCUGGUGGCGCCACCGGAGGCACAGAAGGCUCAUAUGGCCCAUCUCCAAGGGCAGAAGAAGGAACAAAGGGCUCUCAAGGAGUGGCCCAACCACUGCAGAGCGGAGCAACGGGACCCGAAUCGCCUCCUGACGGAGGUGAUGCUCGCCAAAAAUUUGAUGAAACUAGGAGGAAGCUGGCAGGGCUACUGGGCGGCCCGGGGGCCUCUUGAAGCACCUUUGUACGCCGAGGAAGAGAAGAAGCACCGAGAAGAGAAAGUUCUUCGGGGAUCGUGCCGACACCUCUAG